UCCCCCCAGUCUGUGAACUCACUGUGUGGCGAGAGUGUAAUCCAAGUGGAUUACGCAGCAAAGCGGUGGAUUGAGUGAUUUGGCAACGAGUCCCUGUAGAUACCCUGUCAAAACUGUUCAGCGGCUCUUUUGCACGUGGAUGCUGUGUCUGUCCUCACUUUGCUGUAUGUAGGUGGCAUCAUUUUUCUCACGUGUCUGCCCGUCCUGCAGGAGGAUCACCUGCCAGUGAAAGUUUUUCCACUUUAUUUGGAGACCAUGAUUUCUUGCUCACUUGUCAAAUUCACAAAUCAGUGGAAAAGAUGAAACCUCACAUUGGAUUAUCUGGAUUACUGAAUUUGUUUGGAGGAUUUUUUUCUGCUUUUUGACUCUCUUCUAUUUUUUUAUUCCCCCUGUCAUUAUGAAGAACAUUGAAUUGGAAUUUAUGAAGAAAAAGACAGACCUGGACCAAAUCCGCAAACCUACACCUCACCAGUAAACCUUUGAGCAGAAACCUGCAGCAGUCACAGCAGAGGGUCUUACUGGGAAAGAGAUAGCUAAAACUACUGGAGACAUCAGUAUGGAUUUUAGGAUGAGAGUGAGUUCUCACUGGAGUUAAUGGAGUUGUGAGUUCCUCCAAUGGACUUCUGUUAGAUGGCAGUGCUUCAAAGGACACAGAUGUGUUCCCCGGGGACACCUGUCUGCACUGGGCGGCCCGGGACCAGGCCUACAUGGGUCACUGUAUUUCUGCUUUACUCAGGCUGGUUCUGCCUCCUGACAAAAGCACAGAUGAAGAUUCCCCCAGAAACGGUUCAAAAAUGGGCCAAUAGCCUUUCCGUGGAGCUGAAUGCAGUUGCUUCAAAAUAUUCAGGAGCUGCUCUUCUACAGAAGAAACUCAAAGAUGUGGAGCCGAUUAUCAGAAUAGAGGAUGUGGAUGGGACUGCCAUAGUCCAGGAUUUUUCUGAGGAAAUCGAGAAAAUGCUGGGAAGCAAAAUGAAGUCAGUUAAGAGGCUUGCAGACACUGCAGAAGAUGCAGAUUUAUAUCAUGAGUUUAAUUCUACUUUAACGUUUGACUACUUUAACUCCAUGCUGAUAAACACGAUGGACGAGGAAGGAAACUUUAUUGAACUUGGUGGGGAAUUUCCUCUGGAAGAAAAUGAGCAUUUUAACAGACUACAGGUCAACACACUAAUGAGUGACAUCCAAGUGCCAACCAAUGUGUACAACAAAGAUCCAGACAUCCUGAAUGGGGUUUAUAUGUCUGAAGCUCUGAAUGACGUUUUUAUCAGCAAUUUUCAGAAAGAUCCAACGCUCACAUGGCAGUACUUUGGUAGUUCUACAGGUUUCUUCAGACUCUAUCCAGGGAUCAAGUGGACCCCAGACUCUAAUGGAGUGGUUGCCUUUGACUGCAGGAACAGGAACUGGUACAUCCAGGCUGCCACCUCUCCAAAGGACAUCAUUAUCGUGGUGGACGUCAGCGGCAGCAUGAAGGGGCUCAAACUGACCAUUGCCAAACACACCAUUAACACCAUCCUGGACACUCUGGGAGAAAAUGACUUUGUCAAUAUUAUUGCAUACACUGAUUACGUUCGCUAUGUGGAGCCCUGUUUUAAAGGCACACUGGUGCAGGCGGACUUGGACAACCGAGAGCAUUUUAAACUCCUGGUGGAAGAGCUGCAGGUGAAAGGGGAGGGGAAGGUCAAGAAGGCAAUGAAGGAGUCCUUCCGAGUGUUGAAUGAGGCUACAGCGAAUGGGCAGGGCAGCCUGUGUAAUCAGGCCAUCAUGCUGAUCACAGAUGGAGCCAUGGAAGACUUCCAGUCUGUGUUUGAGGAGUUUAACUGGCCUGACAAGAAGGUGCGAGUUUUCACUUACCUUAUUGGCCGAGAUAUGACUUUUGCAGAAAGUGUGAAGUGGAUCGCUUGUAACAAUAAAGGUUACUACACACAUAUCAACACACUGGCUGAUGUGCAGGAAAAUGUUAUGGAGUAUCUUCAUGUUCUGAGUCGUCCCAUGGUCAUCAACCACGAUCAUGACAUCAUCUGGACUGAGGCGUACAUGGACAGUGUGCUCCCCAACACUAAAGAGCUCUUUAACAGCAUGGCUCAGAGUCUGCUGUUGAUGACCACAGUGGCAAUGCCAGUGUUCAGUAAGAAGAAAGAGACGCUGUCUCAUGGCAUUUUGCUGGGAGUGGUGGGCACUGAUGUUCCUCUGCUGGAGGUCAUGAUGCUGGCCCCUCGAUACAAGCUUGGAGCUCAUGGCUACGCCUUCCUCGUUACAAACAACGGCUACAUUCUGGCACACCCUGAUUUAAGACCACUAUAUAAAGAUGGAAAGAAGCUAAAACCCAAGCCCAACUACAACAGUGUGGACUUAUCUGAGGCUGAAUGGGAGGACACUGAAGAGAUAUUGAGAACUGCCAUGGUAAAAGGAGAGACAGGUACACUAACCAUAGAUGUGAGAUCUGCUGUGGACAAAGGGAAAAGACCUUUAUUCCUCAAAAACGAUUAUUUCUACACAACCAUCAAUGAAACACCAUUUAGUUUUGGGAUGGUGCUGACUCGGGGCCAUGGAGAAUACGUGUUUUUUGGAAAUGUGUCUGUUGAAGAGGGUCUUCACGACCUCCAGCAACCAGACCUUACCAUAGCUGAUGGGUGGACCUACUGUGAGACAGAUAUUGACCCCCACCAUCGAAAACUCUCUCAGCUCCAAGCAGUGGUACGGUACCUGACUGGAAAAGAGCCCGAUUUGGAGUGUGAUGAAAUUCUGCUGCAACAAACUCUGUUUGAUGCUGUGGUAACAGCUCCUCUAGAGGCCUACUGGACAGCACUGAUGCUGAGCGGCAAUGGAGUGGAGGAUGGGAUUGAGACUGCCUUUCUCGGAACCCGCUCAGGCCUCAUGCGAGUCACCAGAUACAGUGGCAUUGAGAAGCGAAAGGGAAAGAAUUUCUUGACCCGGGCAGACAAGGAGAACCUUUUCACUGUGGACCACUUUCCAAUUUGGUACCGUCUGGCAGCUGAAAACAAACCGGGGCAAUUUUUAUACUAUGUCCCUGAUGAUGACGUCAACAAAGGCAAGUACACAGCCGUGGCAGUGACCUCUGUGACUGUGACAGAGGGGAAAAGGACGGCAAUGGCUGGAGCAAUCGGAGUGCAAAUGUCAUUGGACCUGCUGGAGAGAAAAUUCUUGGCUACUACUAAACAGUCAAAUGAGACAGAUUGCAGCAAUAUAGAAGGUUUAUGUCCUCUCAGCUGUGAGAGUGUUGAAAUUAAUUGCUACCUGGUGGACAACAACGGCUUUAUAGUCAUGUCCACGGAGAGAGGGGAUAUUGGGAGGUUCUUUGGGGAAGUUGAUGGCUCAGUGAUGGCCCAGCUCCUGAAAUCAGGCUUGUAUAAAAGGGUGACCCUCUACGACUACCAGGCCAUGUGCAAGAACAGCCAUCAUCACUCCAGUGGAGCCCGGCCGCUUCUCAGUCCUUUCUAUGGCCUGAUGGCAGCAGUCAAGUGGCUCUUCUCAAACCUCAUGCUGUUUUUGUUGGAGUUCAACAUAUGCGGAUUGUGGCAUAAUGACUACUUGGCUGAUGCCAAGUCUACAUAUCAUGCCACGCACAGACAGAAGAAGGUGGAGUCCAUGGUGCCCUGUAACACCGAAUACCCUGGAUUCAUUUACGACAGCACCAUAAGGGAAACCAACAGCAUCAUCAAAUGUGGCCGCUGUCAAAAGAUGUUUGUGCUUCAGCAGGUUGUGAACAGUAACCUGGUGUUGCUCGUGGUGCAGGCGGACUGUGACUGCUCUCGCCAGUAUGCUCCCAUCACCCUCACCCCCAGAGAGGUCAAAUAUAAUGCCACAGUGAAAUGCAACAGGAUGAAAUCACAGAAGAUCCGAAGACGCCCAGAGUCCUGUCACGCUUACCAUCCUCAUGAAAAUGCAAAGGACUGUGGAGGAGCGUGUGAGAUAUCAAUAUCAGUGGCUCUCUUCUUCUUAUCCCUGGUCACAUCACUGGCCCUUCGCUGAUGAGAAAAGACAUAUAUCCCUCUGCCGUGACUGCAAGGAUCCAAAAUGACUUAGGCCAGAUCUUCAGUGUCCUUGAGACAGUCGGCAGCUGUUGAAGAGGAAGAAUCAGUGGUGAACAGGACUUCUCAACCUGUAGCAUUAGGAAUUCAUCUGAAAAUGGGCUACACUGUAUUUGUAUUCUGGUUUUACUCUUCUGAGCCAAAUAUGUUUCUUUUGCAGCAGGAAGGUGUUGAAGACAUGAACUGGUAAAUGUGCUUUGGAUGUAUUUAUGGGUGAUUACAGCAGCAUGAAAGCCUACCAGCUAUUCCACCAUGUAUUAUGGUGCCCUCUGCUGCACUUGGGGUGACACUGCAGACUAUUUGACAUCAACCCAGUACCAAUUUGCAUUUGCUGAACUAGCGCUAGGCCUGGAAAUGUAGUGCUGGUAUCAUGCAGACAGGUUAAAAUAUCAGUUCAGAUUUUUUUUUAUAAAA